GGUGGGCGGGGUGGCGGUGGUCGCUGUCACCUCGGAUCUCAAGGGAGGAGACGGACACGCAGACACCACGCGCAGCAGACCUCGGGGGCCACUGACGCUGGGACGACAGACGCAGCGACAGAGGCAGAGACAGGGAGACAGGCUCAGAGGCAGAGACAGACGGAGGGACAGAGACGGACAAUGGCGAGGCGGGUGCUCGUGUACGGCGGGCGAGGCGCCCUGGGCGCGGAGUGCGUGAAGAUCUUCAAGGCGAGGCAAUGGUGGGUGGCAUCUGUUGACCUGGUGGCCAAUGAUGCUGCGGACGCCAACGUUUUGGUCAAGCCCAGCGACUCCUUAGCUGAACAAGCUGAGCAGGUGGCAGGUGAGGUGGCCGCUCUGCUGGGAGAUGCCAAACUCGACGCUCUGCUGUGUGUGGCUGGGGGCUGGGCUGGGGGAAGUGCCAAGUCCAAGGCGAUGGCUAAGAACACGGAGCUGAUGCUGAAGCAGAGUGUGUGGACGUCGACCAUUGCCGCCCAGCUCGCGGCCAAGCACCUGGGAGAUUCCGGGCUCCUUCAGCUCACGGGAGCCAGCGCCUCCCUGGGACCUACGUCUGGUAUGAUGGGCUACGGGCUGGCAAAGGCGGCCGUACAUCAGUUGACCACCAGCCUGGCGGCCGACGGAAGCGGCCUUCCUGCCGGGGCCUCCGUGCUGGCCAUACUCCCGGUUACCCUGGACACGCCGAUGAACAGGAAGUCUAUGCCCAACGCCGACACGGGCACGUGGACCCCGCUGGGCUUCGUGGCCGAGACACUGCUGAAGUGGGCUGGUGGGGAGGGGCGGCCUGCGUCGGGGAGCCUGGUGCAGCUGCUGACCGAGUCUGGAAAGACGCAGCUGCUAACAGUACAGCGCUGAAUGCACACACACACAGACACCAAGACACACUUACACCGGGACACACAAACCGACACAUCCACUCGCACACACAACUGCGUCCAACCCAGCCUCACAAGAACCAAAGUUAACGUGAACCUAAUGACCCCACCAAUGACCUAACACUGAACGUCACGGCCCAGUGCACAUGCGAAACACGUGACUGUACAAACCACUGGAUGACCCAUGACUGGCGUCAAAGUGUACAGUUGAUGUGACCUUGAAGAUCAUGUGAUUAAGCGAUUGAAAUGUGAUGCUUUUUGUGAGAUGUAUUUUGAACAAUAAAUGUCGCAAAAAAGUUAAAUAAUUUUAAUCUACUUAUUUUUGCAUCUGCACACACAAGGUAUAACUUGUUCAUCUUUAUUAUAAAAUGUUACAAACUAAAUGUGCCUGUACAUAAUUGCUAAUUUGCUUUAAAACAUGCAUAAAAGCUGAUCAGACUGCCCAACAAAGCACAUUGUCACUUUGUGGUGAUAACCUGGCCAUACAGGCAAGUACGCUGCUGCAUUCUGAUGUAGACGAAAGGUUUUCAGGAAACACUUAAUUCACGUACAGACAGGGAGGAUGGCUCAUUCUGGACGGUUCAUCUCACAACUUGUCUACAAAUUAAAUAACGAGCCGUCUUGUAAACCUCUUGAACUUCAAAACGAUCUCAAACAACACAAACCGAGUCCUCUAUUCGUCCGUCAGUUUCAGCUCACCGUUCAAGAGCUAUUGUCGCGCGUAAACUCAUGUAAACAGAUGGACGCAGAUGUCAUGUGCAAAACCGCCUUUGCUCCUGGCUGGCAGAAAUACAUGCAGUUUCUGCGUACCACAAAUUUUUUCUUGAUUUAUCAACACCGCCCAACCUCGCUUACUAAGUGACAAGAUUACAUCCUUGCCGAAUGCUUUAGACGGUCAAUACUUAACUUAGGUGUUUUGCACUGCAUAUGUUAGUUCUCUAACUUGUUCGCAAGAGACAGGUGACUAAGAACUGUGAUGGCAGGGGGGGGGGGGUGUGCCCCGCACUACGCACACCCAGCCACCAUACAUAGAUCGUUAACGACGGUAUAUGAUCAGUAUGUUUAUGAAGAGGCAUUGUACUGGUUUUAGCUGUCGUUAGAGUUCUCAACUCAAUCAGAAGGUUGAGGGUUAAAAUUCUAACUGUGAUUUCACUCGGCACAUUUCAUCCAGGGCUAUAAAACAUUAAUGUUGUGGGAAUUUUAACAGUGACCUGUGGGAAGUUAACAGUUUUCUAUCGAUAAACCGACCACAUCACUGGAAUUUAGAAUUUCCACCAUGGACUUAGAGCCGCCAACAAGACCACCCAACACUCAUUUUAGCAGGAAGAUGCUGAUUUUAUAUAAAAAAAAUUAGUCUUGAUUUGACCCUUGACUGGGAUUUCAACUCUUCUGUUUGAUGGUGAAUUACUCUGACAACAGCACUAUCUGUGCAGAUAUAUGUAUAAAAUACAGUCUUCCAAGAGAACACAUCCUCGAGUUAAAACUGAAAUGCAUCACUCGUAAUGAAGCGUAACAGUUGAUUACAGUAAGUGCCUGUCUGCACCGGCAUCUCAAACACUUAGUGCAUUUGAUAUA